AUGGACAAGUUCAGAAAGAGCCGAGCUGCUGUGGCCAUCGUGAGCCUGUUGUUAACGGCCCAAGUUCUCGCCAUUGUCACUGUCGGUAGCAGCAAGACCAAGACCAAGACAAGACCACGGCAGAAAUGCCGGUCGACGCAUGAUAAUAUCGCCUACCUCACAGGCAGCUCCUGGGGGAUCUUAUCAGCCGGCACAUUUGGCAUGUCCACGUUCCUAGGGGCCAUCUACAGCGUGGACAACUGGAUGGGUGCGGGAGCUGCUGACGGUGUGAACGACUGCAUAAUUACAGGGGCUAUCGGCGUUGUAGACGGCUCUGGAAGGGAGCAGGAGUCGUCAACAGUGUGGACAGUUGGAAGGGUGUAG